CAAGCUUCCGAAGCAAGCUUUAUUAGUUGCGAAGGAAAAUAUUUCUUUUCGCGCCUCUGACACUUUUUGAAUCCCUCUCAUCACGAUCUUCCUCUUCUUCCCCAAUUCACACAAUUUCUCCCAAUAAUUCACAUUUUAGGUCAAAUUACAAUUCACUUUUUUUUUUGUUCCAAGAUCGAAUCUUUAAGCAUGGAGCAACAGCGACUUCAGAAAACACCACAACAACAACAGGACCAAGAAACCGAAGAGAUUCAACAUGGUCCUUUACCCGUCGAACAACUUCAGGCAUCUGGUAUAGCUUCACUUGACGUUAAGAAACUUAAAGAUGCUGGUAUUUGCACUGUUGAAUCUGUUGCUUAUACUCCUAGGAAGGAUCUUUUGCAAAUCAAAGGUAUCAGUGAAGCCAAGGUUGACAAGAUUAUUGAAGCAGCUUCUAAGCUGGUGCCUAUGGGUUUUACUAGUGCAAGUGAGCUCCAUGCCCAACGAGAAUCGAUUAUUCAGAUAACCACUGGGUCAAGAGAGCUUGACAAGAUAUUGGAAGGUGGAAUUGAGACGGGUUCUAUCACCGAGUUGUAUGGAGAAUUUCGAUCUGGGAAGACUCAGUUGUGUCACACUCUCUGUGUCACUUGCCAAUUACCACUAGAUCAAGGAGGAGGUGAGGGUAAAGCUAUGUACAUAGAUGCUGAGGGAACAUUUAGGCCUCAGCGACUCUUGCAGAUAGCAGACAGGUUUGGACUGAAUGGUCCUGAUGUAUUGGAAAAUGUCGCAUAUGCUAGAGCUUAUAACACUGAUCAUCAAUCACGGCUUCUGCUUGAAGCAGCUUCAAUGAUGGUGGAUACAAGGUUUGCUCUAAUGAUAGUAGACAGUGCUACUGCUCUCUAUAGGACAGAUUUUUCGGGAAGAGGGGAGCUUUCAGCCCGUCAAAUGCAUUUAGCAAAGUUCUUGCGGAGCCUUCAGAAAUUAGCAGACGAGUUCGGCGUGGCUGUUGUCAUAACAAAUCAAGUAGUUUCACAGGUAGAUGGUUCUGCAAUGUUUGCUGGACCCCAAACCAAGCCUAUUGGAGGCAACAUUAUGGCUCAUGCAACCACAACAAGGUUAGCUCUCAGGAAAGGAAGAGGGGAAGAGCGAAUCUGUAAAGUGAUUAGUUCUCCUUGUUUAGCUGAAGCUGAAGCAAGGUUUCAGAUUUUAGGUGAAGGUGUUUCAGAUGUUAAAGACUGACCAAUUCGAGCAUUGUCUGAAACCUUGAGUGUUCUUUUUUUUUUUUUUUGUAUGCGUCCUUUUGUUAGAUGUAAAAGAUGAUUUGCAAGUAUCUAGUGUUUAAUUUUGCAAUAAUGUUCAGUUUUGUUGGCCCCUA